CUGUCCUCUUCUUUUCCCUCAGGGUAGAGCUUUCUAGAGCAACCAAUCAGGAAGAGGAUUACACAAGACGUCCUGACAGCAGAAAGUAAAUAGUUGGGUUGUGAAGCUCUGCUGAGAGUCCAGUGCUGGAUCCUUCCUGCAGUCUGCACUGCUAGUCAAAAAAACAUUUCCUGCCACAGAAAAUGACUGACCCGAAGGAAGGCUAUAUUGUCAUUAUUGGCAGUGGUCUUAUUGGCAGGAGCUGGGCCAUGGUGUUUGCUAGUGGUGGCUUCCAAGUGAGACUGUAUGAUAUCAUAAAAGAGCAAGUCACUGCUGCCCUGGAGGAUAUACGGAAACAAAUGGAUGAACUCACAAAAUCAGGGAUGCUCAGAGGAAGUCUGAAUGCCGACCAACAAAUCUCUCUUCUCAGUGGCAGCAGUGACUUGAAGACGGCUUUAGAGGGAGCUAUAUUCAUUCAAGAAUGCGUUCCUGAGAAUUUGGAAUUAAAGCUGAAGAUAUUUUCUGACCUAGAUGCUCAUGUCAACAAUACAGCCAUUAUAAGCAGCUCGACGUCCUGCCUGUCUCCUUCAAAGAUCUUUAAUGGACUUCGGCAUGUCAAGAACUGCAUUGUAGCCCAUCCUGUGAAUCCACCUUAUUACGUUCCCUUGGUUGAAUUGGUUCCCCACCCACAGACGGAUCCUAUCACAGUGGAGAAGACAUAUCAUCUGAUGAAGAAAAUCGGUCAGUCUCCUGUGAAAUUAAUGAAAGAGACGGAUGGGUUUGUUUUGAAUCGGCUCCAGUAUGCAGUGAUUAGUGAAGCGUGGAGACUUGUUCAGGAUGAAGUGAUAACACCAAGGGAUGUGGACAUUGUCAUGUCUGAAGGUCUUGGGAUGAGAUAUGCUUUUCUUGGACCUUUGGAAACUGCACAUCUUAAUGCAGAAGGGUUCAAGAGUUACUGUGAACGCUACGGAGAAAGCAUUCAGCGGGUAUUAAAAAAUUCUGGACCAGUGUCAAAUUUUUCUAGUGAUGCCAUGAUUCAAACCAUUUUUGUCUAUUUGCAGGCGUUGUGGGACGAGCAACCUGAUAAAAGUGAUCAGCUGACGGAGCGGAGGGAAUGGAGAGACGCAUGUCUGAGUCACCUGGCCAAGCUGAAGAAAGAAAUGAAGAAAGAAUAAAGUACUUGCAUUUGGAUGAUUAAGAGUGUCAUUCAGUGCACAGCAUGCUAAUCCUUGCUUGUUGGCGUGAGUCUUUAGUGCAGCUGCCAGAGUAUUGCAGUGUACUGUCAUAUGAAAUGUAUACGGAAUACAUGGGCAAAGAUAAGGUGCUGCAUCUUUCAGCUCUAGCAUUUAAUCUCUAUGAA